AUGCUGCGCGCAUAUGUCUCUUCCUGCAGACACAGAGGGAGCGCCACGCGCCUACCCACUCACCACCUGCACUCACACACACACACAAGCGCUCCCUUGAAUGAGCUGACGAUGCUCGGUCGUACGUGGCUGCGACUGAUCUCGCUGACGGAGGCGCAGCAUUUGGUACUCGACGCGCAGGGGCAGCAGACCCUAGCUCCGCGCGUGCCUCUUCCACAGCUGCUCGCAGCGCUAGCGGAGCACUAUCGGGCUGGUUGUGAGACGUUCACCAAAGCCGCACUGCAGCACGUUGUGCAGCUCGAUCAGUCGGACGAGGACACGAGGCACAUCGCGGCCGCGCGUCUUGCCGCGCCGUUGCCAUCGAACCGUCCUUUGACAGAUGUGGCCGGAGCGCAGCCACACGCCGCCGCACCUCCAGAAGCGCCGCCACACUUGAUCACGGAGGUGCUGCGCGCCUACCCGCACACACCGGAAGUACGCGAGCGAUGCUGUCGUUGCAUUGCCAAUAUGUGCCAGCUCGGCGCUGAUGCCCCCACCAGCAGUCAGCUCGUCCCUGCGGCCUGCCAUAAUGGCACCUGUGCAACCAACACACAGCCUCUGGCCGACGCCCUUGUCGCAGAGGGCGCUGUGGAGCUGGUGCUUGGGACUCUGGCCAUAGCGCGUCGUCUCAGCUCCAAGGGCCGCUGCUGGACAGCCAUGGCGAUCCUCAACCUCAUAUGCAUGUCUCAUAACGGCGCCUCCCGGGCCACAGCUGCCGGUGCUGUCGAUCACCUGGCCGAGUUCGUCUUGCUUCUAUUGGACAACGCGUCGCGUGCCUCCGAUGCUUCCACUGCGGCGCCGAUCCGCGGACUAGUCGAGGAGGCGACCAUCGCCCUCGACGCCGCGCUUGGAGCGCUGACUGGCGUUCUAGCAGCUGAGGCGCCAGAGAACGCCAGCGGUAUCUCGUUCAACUACGAGACAGCGAGCUACAUCGCCGUCGACGCCAUUGUGCGCUCAGUGUUGUUUGUGUCGGCGCUGAUGGUGCGGGAUGGCCGAAACGACGGGGCGUACGACGCCUCGCUCUUGUCACGUCGCCGCGGCGCGGUGCAUUUCUCGAGUGCGUCCGGCACGCAGCAGACGGCCGUGGUCGUGCUGCUGCCGCUCCUGCACAAGGGCUGGAUGGCGCUGCAGUCGGUGUGCAGCUGCCCGACCAACCUGCCGAUGGUCUUCGACGCCAUUUACGAGGCUGCAAACACGAACCAGGAAAGCAUGGUGGUGGCGAACGAGGCGGACGGGGGUACGGAGGAGGUCUUGCAGGUGACGGGGCAGACGGAGCGGCAGUACGUCGCGGCACUGUCGUGUCUCGUCGACGCGGCGUUGUUCUUGACGACAGAGCUGGAGGGGCUGGAGGCGAUCGGCGCGGAUAAGCUGGCACGCCUGCAGAACGAUGUCCGGCUGUACGUGAUGGAUGUCAUGCAAGCCAUGACGGCGUCGCGGAAGGAUCUGACAAGCAGGGAUGCCGCCGCUGCUUCAGCGAGUGCUGGGGGCGCCGGUGGAGACGCCGAGGAAGAGACGCAAGACAGCGCGACGGCUGACACUUCCACUGUGUACCCGACGACGGCGGCGAUGAGCGUGACGGACGUGCUGACGGCUGGCACGGUAAGCAACAUGGCGUUGGCGUGUGCCGUCCGCCUCCACAUCGAACACCAAGAGCGCCGCAGCGGGAGCGCGCACCAGGAUCGUCAUGGUACCCGCAGCGCGCACUCGCAGUGUCGCCGCGGCGUCCCUACUCCGUACACCGUCCGCGACUUUACGCUGCUUUCUAAGUCGCUUGCGGUAUUGGCCAAUGUGGCGGAGAUUGGCGACGAGGCGGCGACGUCAGCCAACGCGGUUGCGGCUCUGCAGGCGAUCCUGCAGGAUGCGGCGGAGGGCGUCAUGUCCUUGCCGUCAGCGUACGGGGCUGAGCUGGCGGAGCUCUUCAGACCCACCGAGAGCGCAGAGGACAAUGCUGAGGCGCGUGACGGCGCACUCAUUCACCCUGAGGACCGACUCUCUUUCCUGCAACAAGCGGCGCUGGUGGGGCAGGUGUAUGCGGUGCUCUGGAGCACGCUGCGCACCGCUCAGGGUGUGGCGACAGUGUCGCAGAUGAGUGUGAUGCAGACAGCCAAGGGGGUGCAGACGUCGCUGCGGGAGUCGUACCUGCCGGCGCUGGCAGCGGCGAGGGAACGGUUCGGCGCUCGCCCGGCUGCAGACGCCGCUGAGGAGGCAGCGAGUCCGGCGACUGUUUCGUGGGUAGCGAACACGGCUGAGGAGACGGUAACCCGGCUGCUGAAGCUGUCGGACGAGCUCAUCAGCAACAUGCAGAGGCUGUCUGAAGGUACGCAACGCACCUCAGCGUGA